UCCUCUAAUUUGUCUACUAAAAAUUUGCUGAAGCAAAAGCUAGCUGCAGUCAUGUUUGGGUGCACGCACAGAACAAUCAAUGAAUGUCUAUCUAAACUACUCUUUGGUUUACCGGCUGGGCACUUUGUAUAUGUGAGGAAUGUUGCACCUGGCUUACCAGUAUUUCUGUUCAACUAUAGUGACAGGAAGCUAUAUGGUAUCUUUGAGGCUACUACUCAUGGCCAAAUGAAUAUAGACCCAUAUGGAUGGACCGCUGAUAGGUCAGAGAGGACCAUUUUCCUGUAUUUUUGGGUGUGUGUUCGGCAGCAGUGCCGACCCCUGCUUGAAAAUCAGUAUAAACCAAUACUUGAUAAGAACUACUUCCAAGCACAUCAUUUCUGGUUUGAGCUUGACCAUGAUCAAACACAAAAGCUGCUGUCUCUGCUAGCACCAUUGACAAUUUCUCGAGGUAAACCAACAGCACAGAAUAUAGUGAUGAGAGAAACUGAUCGUCGAGGUCUUCCAUCAUGUAGUACAAUACAGAAAACUGAAUUGCCUAAGCCAUCCACUUCAGAGGCUGAGAAUUCUACUCCUGUACCCAAUUGGGACACUGAUUUUCCUGCUCUUCCAAGUCAGAGUACGAUACAGAAAGCUGAAACUCUUAAACCACCCACUUCAGGAGCUGAGAAUCUGACCACUGCAACUACAAUGAACUGGGAAGCAGAAUCUCCUGCUCUUCCAUCAUGUAAGACAAUGCAGAAGAAAGCUGUAUUGUGUCAUGCACCCUCUUCUGCAACUUCUGUACCACAGAAUAGAGAGGAGCUCGAAACUGAUGCUCCAGCUCUUCCCUCAAGUAGCACAAUUGAGGAACCUGUUUGUGAUUACCAACUUACUUCAGAGGUUGAGCAUUUGAGCAGUUCAAGUCAGAAUGGGGAUUCAAAAUAUGCUACAGUUCAGAAUACAGUGAAGUGGGAAGUUGAUUUUCCAGAUUUUCCCUCACUUAGUGCAAUUCAUGAGCCUGAAUGUUCAAGUCUGAAAUUGGAUUCUGUACCUUUGUUUGGAACCUACAGUUCAUUCCAACCUCUAUCAGAUGUAAAGAAGCCUGAACAGGAGGAGUUUCAACUCAUAUACACAAAACUGAAGAAGUUAACUCUCCAACGAAAUCUCCACAAUGAAUUUCAAAACACACCUUUGGCCAGAGAUGUGGCAGAUAGUUGGGCAGAGAGUCCAUACUCCCAGUCUGACCAGAAGAGUGGAGAGAGUUCUUGCUACAAUUAUGCACGGAGUCCUGGCUCCAUGUUUUAUCCGUGGAUAAUUGCUGAGUUGCUUCAAGAGGUGAAAGAGCUGCAGGCCUUUAGGACUGCACAGACUGAGAAGAUGAGCAAUUUGGAGAAUCAGCUGGUGCAGGCACGCCUUGAGAUUCAACAGUUAAAAGACUUCAUUAUCGAUGUAGCUUGAGUCUACACCCUCCAUAGCAUAGAUUGAUCGGAAUUCAGAGUUUCAGACUGACAUUACCGUAACACUGCUGGUGCGAGAUGACUAAAUCACACUGCAAAGUUCCUAGACUCACCGGUGCCACUACAAUGACUGUACUGCUCCUGUUUUGUGGCCUGUAUAUCGUCUAAAACCUUCCAGGAAGCUUUAGAAUUGUUAUGUUGCAAAAUGACUUGGUUUGUCUAGGCUAGCUUGUAGAUGAUGGCAGAAGUUUUCCUUGUUAUGCUAAUGUAGA